ACCUGGAGCAAUGAUAUCGGGCUGAUCGAGCUAGCAACACCACUUGUUUUCCCGAGUAGAGAGCUCCAUUUUGUUCGACUUCCAAAGUCAGAAGACUCGGAAAUCGAGGUAGAGUUCGGCCUUUUCAUGGGGCUAAAAACAAGCUAUUUGUUUGAGGAAACUGCGAAGGAAGAGAGAAAUUUUAGAAUGCCCGUCUUCGCUCCCAUCAUUUGCCCAGCGUUUUAUUGGCCGGAGAGACAGCAACAAGGGUUCUGCGCUGGUGGCCCUGAUCGGGCUCAAUUCACGCAGCAGAGCAUUCGCUCAAAAAUAUUAUGCGACGAGAAGUGGCUCAACUCCUGGUCAUUUGGAAGCUGCGUAACAUCGAUAUGUUUCGUAAUACGUCCACAUACACCCAUGCUAAAAUGGGUAAUUUGGAAACAGUUUGCACUGGGGAAAUACGCUCAUUUGCAAAUCAUCUUGGUUUUCACAAGAGACUCAACUGAAUCUCUCGUUUAUGGUAUUCUACAACUGAAUGUACUGCACACAGGCCGCCUCAUUGAUUCAGUUGGCACGAUAUUCGAGAAAUCGCAGUAUAUUUUCAUAAAGGAGACUACUCACAAGGUUGCUGUCGAAGAGUUUUCAGCAAGGGCAACUGAAUGUGUUGAACCAGGCCACUUCAUGUUUCAUUUGCUACGAUAUUCGAGAUGUCGCGAUACAUGGAAAGGAAACAUGAAUAAGAUCGCAUGUUUUCUAUUAAUCGCACUGGCUCCUCCACACAUUCCUGGCGACAAUUUUGUGGGUGUGAAGAAAGGAGAAUGUCCGUGGGCGGUAAGAGUUCUAAAACUUGGUGGCGAUGGCAAAAUCACAGUUUUCACGGGCAGUCUUAUUGACCCAUCAUGGAUUCUGACUUCCGCAUCGUGCUGUACGCAGUCAGAAUCUAACCAGUACAGGUGGAAAGUAUUGUUGAGCGCCACUUGCCUGGAUGUAUUGCAUUGCAUUCCAAAACCCGAAUACAACAUCAAAGAUAAAAAAACAUGGGGCAAUGAUAUCGGACUGGUUCAGCUGAAGACCGCGGUUAGAGGCAAAAAUAUUCAUUUAGCAAAACUGCCAAAAGCUAAGGACGAAGCAAUUGAAAGGCUGGGGCAAAUGGGUGGAUACGCACCUUCAGGAAUGGCGCAAGCGUCAAACAAAUUCGUCAAACCAGUCGAAAUGCCCGUUUAUCCAUCUGGUAUAUGUCCUGCAUUUUACUGGUUAGGAAGACAAGGAUAUGGGUUUUGCGCCGGAAAUCGUCAAGCAGCAGAUGUUACACAGAUAUCAAAGCUAACUCUCAGGAAAUGUCUUUGUCCCUUUUCAUCCGAUGCAUUAGCCUCUGGUUUUUUCUGUUAUCAGUUGUUAAUAAUUACAGUUCAUUCCAGACACUGCCGUCAUUCGACCCGCCUAACUAACAGUUUCCAAAACCGCCGUAGUAUAAAACAAGCGACUACGAUUAUACAGACU